UGUUUUGUUGUGUUUUGUUGUGUUUUGUUGUGUUUCCUGAAAUUUCCCAGCAUGGAUCAGUGCUGACGGGUCAGAACAGAACGCCUGCCUCUGAUCCAGGAUUCUGUUCUGGUCCUCUGCUUGGUCCAAACUGAACCACCUGGACCAUAAAGGUGGUUCUGUUACAGUCCCAGUGAAACAUGAGCCAUGUGUUGACCUGAAAACCCAGGUCCAGAACCACUGAGGUGGACCGGUUCUAAAGAACCAAAACCAGCAGGAGCCAGAUUUAUUCAAACCUGUUUACAGAACCAGUUCUGGGUCAUAGUUCUGUCCGGUCCAGUCUUACAGAUCUGGACCAGAUGAGAGCAAACAUGGACUAUCAACAGUCUGAAGUCCACAAACCGUCAGAGACACCGGGACACCUUGUCUCCAUUCAGAACUCUGUCCUCUGGACCGUCUCUGAGGGUCCUCUGAAGACCCGGACCUGAUCUUUGUAGGGUCUGAUACCAGUCCGGUUCACGGUUCUGCUCCUGAAACUGGGACUGCCUGUCGAUACUGAUGUGUGUGGAGGCGGGCCGACACGGGUUCAUCGACCUCAGACCUGAGAAUAUUCUGGUCCAAACAGAAACUCUUCAGUUCUGACACACCAGCCCAUCAGGAACCAGCAGAACCUCCGCAGAACCAACAGAACCUCAGCAGAACCUCAACAGAACCUCAGCAGAAGGUGUGGACCUCUGGCAGCAUGGUGGUGGGCCUGCAGGUUGUGGGUCUGGUUCUGGGCGUGGUGUCCUGGUGCCUGCAGUCCAGCUGCACCUCGUCUCAGACCUGGAAGGUGAAGAGCCACGUGGACUCCGUCACCACCAGCUCCUCGCAGUUUGAAGGUCUGUGGAUGAGCUGCGCCGCCGCCUCCACGGGGUCGGUGCAGUGCAGCAGGUUCAAGACCGUGCUGGGACUCUCAGCUCACCUGCAGGUCUGCAGGGCCCUGAUGAUCCUGUCCCUGCUGCUCGGUCUCGCCUCCAUCCUGGUCUCGGUGCUCGGACUCAAGUGCACAAAGCUGGGCAGGACUCCRGAGCCGGUCAAAGGUCAGAUGGUCCUGAGCGGAGGAGUCAUGUUCAUCCUGUCUGGUGUCCUCACUCUGACCGCCGUCUCCUGGUACGCUGCCAGGGUCAUCCAGGACUUCUACGACCCGUUCUACGGUGGAGUCCGGUUUGAGCUGGGUUCUGGUCUGUACCUGGGCUGGGCCACCUCCGGUCUGGCCAUCCUGGGAGGGUCUCUGCUGUGCUGUUCCUGCAGGAAGACUGUCUCCUCCGUCCCUGCUGGACACUUCUCAUAUUUCUCCACAAGUCGAGGACGGAACAUCUACAGAGCUGCUGCACCGUCUGACAGCAGCAGGACCAAGGCUUACGUCUGAGCUGGACUGAGUCCUUUUCACCUCCUUAUUAACAUAUUUAAACAUGUUUGACUUCUUUAUGAAAACAUUUAUUAAAAGUCAUCUUUAAAUGUUUGAAUCAUU